AUGCCAGGAGAGAGCGAGAAAUGGCCCAACCAAGCUCUGCCAACUCAGCUCAGCACAUCUACCGGCGGUGACACCUCCCCAAGAGCCGAAGCUAUCCCUGAGUCUGCUUCCACGACACCGCUCAAAAAGUCUCAGAGUGGCCAUGACAAGGCUUUCAAGUUUGAGGAUCUUGUUCUGCAAAAAGCUGAUGUGGAUGACCUGUUUCGAGAACUUAGCUGUGAACUUGGACUCCCUUCUCUGGUCCCCUUUGAUGCACUCGAGAUCAAGCCUCGGGAUGAAGCCGCUCUGCCUGCAGACUUCAUCUCCAAGCUUCGAAUUGUCUUAUACGUUAGUCGAAUUAAUGACACUUUGGGCGACAAUACUUGCACCGAUGGUAGCUACCGAUUGAGGAUGGUUCGCCUAUUGGAGAAGGACAUCAACUCGUUGGGAUCUGGACUUCGCCAGUCCCCAGCGCAAUGGGAUCCCUCUGUCGAGUUCGUGUAUCUGGGUGUCCUUCUUAACCUAUAUCCUUUCUGUCUCCGUUGGUCGUCACUUAGCGACCCCGACCAUUCGAUAAUUCAAAGUUCCGCCGCGCAUGCUGCCGGCCAGCUGAUCAAGCUUUAUUCGAGCUCGCCAUUACCCCUCGUCGGGACACUAAGUUCUCAGCCAUGCCUGCAGAGAUAUUUACCUAAAUUCUAUCUUCGAUUCCACGUCAUCGCACUCCUUAUGCUCCUCAAGAUCUCCGCCCUCAAUCAGAUCUCUUUACGAGAACUUGGCGAAGUGGACGACGCGAUUCGACUUGGCCACGGAGCGCUCGUGUCUGGAUCUUCCUCCGAAGGCGACGAAUUUCACAGGGCCGCGAGCGUAGUGGAAGUCCUUUGCAAGAAGGGCGUGAUUGACUCCGUUCGAGGCAAAUCAUCCGUCGAAUCCCGCUUUGGCGCCUCACUGUGGCUUGAACUCAUUGCUACUGCGAUCCGCUGGCGUCGUCAGAAUUCGAAGAGGGGUCCCAGACCACCAGACAGUGGCCGCGGCAAUGUCGAUAACAACAACAAUAAUCAGGGGAGCAGCACAGCCCCAUCAUCAAGCGUGAACAGAUCUGUCGGAUCUAUGGAUGUAGCUAUGUCAGGAUCUACAGCAGCUGAUGGCGUAAAUGCGACUAUGGCAGACGUCCAAGGAAACAUGAAUCUGUUCCCCUUCAGCAUCGAGGACUGGUCCGCCUAUCUAGAUAUUACAGAAGCCGAUCUGGGGUUAGGCUGCGACUCCGGUUGGUGGGGAGGAUUUGGGGGGCUGGAGCGAUGA